AACAAAUUUCAAUUGAAUAGAUAUAAGUACGGAAUGAGUUAUAUUUCUGAACUAUUGGAGCAUGUUCUAAAUCCAGAACGUAUGUUAUCAGUUACAACUUGGUGUACAAUCCAUGAAAAUUAUGAACGUGAUUUGAAAGAAUUUUUAGAAAAUGAAUCUUAUGUAGAAUAUAAUCAAGAUAUUUAUAAUACACAAUAUGCAAAACGUAUAGCACGUAAUACAGGUUUACCGAGAAGUGAUCAGAUAGUUGUUUUUAAAACUAUUAAUGUUUGUUAUAAGGAAAUGACAACUAGAGUUCCAGAAGUAUUUCAAACAUUUAAUAGAUUAUAUAAUACUUCCAAAAAUGAAAUGAAUUUAGAUCCGUUAAGUUGGUGCGCAGUUGAUGCUUGUUAUGACUCAUUAAUAAAAGCUAAUUUUGAAGAUGUAUCGGCUAACGAAAAUAUUAGAAGAAUAUUUCCUGACAAAAUAGUAAACGAAACGCAUGGUGGAUAUGCGAAACAUUUUUAUGAAUAUCUCAAAAUCCUCAGUAAUAAACAAAUGGACAAUAUUUAUCAAAUUGUUUCACCUUAUGAAAGUAAUAUUUCCAUUCGAUCUGGAUAUUUAAGAAAUUGGUGUGGAUAUAAAGUUUGUCACGAUGAUUUAAUAGAAGCAGGUUUUAUAUAUGAGCAUGCUUCGGAUAAUUUCAAUCAUGUCUUACCAACAAUAAAAAUGGAUUCUUUUAUAUCUAAAUUUGUAACUGAAUACCGUGAACAUUUGAUGUUUAUUAGGAAUACGACCAAUAAAUAUGUAGGGAAUAAUUAUGAAAUAGGAGAUGAUGCUAAGUAUCAUAAUUUUGCAAAUCAUUCACCAAGGAGCCCACAAGAUUUUUGUAAAUUUACUGUAAUAAAUCUAGACAAUCCAGAACCAGACACAAAAUAAAAUAAAAACUGUAUUCGUUUACAUAAGUAUGUUUAAUGUAUAACGCGAUGAAUUACCUCCACGAAGAGAUUUUUUCACUCUGUUAUUUGUUUUUCAUUAUUUUAUAUCACUCAUCAGUUUACCUUGUUUCUCAGUAACAUGAAUAGAU